AUGUCGCCUCCUUUUACUCGGUUGACUUCUUGCUGUAAUUAUCUAGUAAAACGUUCCUGGAGUCUACGUUGGACAUCCGUUAGAUCGCUUGCAUAUGCAGCAUACUCCGACGUGUUAGACUCAUCUUCGGAUACCAAUGUGUUAUGUCAUCCGCUUGAAAAACUUGGUAAGUUUAAGGCUAUUGAAACGUAUGACCAGUUGAAAAGAGAACGGAGCAGUGCGUUGUUAUUUAUACGUCAACUGAAAGAGUCUGGUUUUAAACAUGAUUUAGAAACUUACAUGGCAGUUGUCCGAUUGUUGUGUCAUUGGGAUUGGGGUAUGGAUGCAAGGUCGGAUAACUUGAUUAAUGAUGUUAUUGAUAAUACAAAUUGGGAGGUUGUUAAUUUUGAAAUUUCUGAUGAUCUGUUUGACGCAUUGAUGGAGGAAAAGUUGAUAAAAGCUGUUGACGGGUUGGUUGAGGUGUAUGCAAGUGCUGGAAAGUUUGAGGAGGCCAUACACACCUUGUCUGAGAUGAAAAGUAAGGGAGGACUUGUUGUGUCAACACGAACUAGUAAUUUUGUAAUGUGGGAGUUAAUUAAACAGGACAAAGAGGAGAUGAUAGUGUCGGUUUUCAGAGAACUGAUGAGGAAUGGGAUGAUUCCGGAUGUGCUUACAUAUGCGAUUCUGAUGAAAGAUAUUUGUAGGAAUGGUUGUUUGAAAGAAGCUUGGAACGUGAUUGAAGAAAUGAAAGAGGCUGGAGUUGAACCUAAUGCUUUGAUUUAUAAUAUGUAUAUUAAUGGGCUUUGCCGCAAAGGGAAAACUGAUUUAGCUUUUCAGUUAGUAAAGAAUUUGAGGAAGUCAAAUAAGCCAGUUGAUGUUUUAGCAUAUUCUUGUGUCAUUCUAGGUUUUCUAAAAGAGUCGAAGCUACAAGAUGCAGAAGAUGUGUUUCUUGACAUGAAGCUUAGAGGAGUUGUCCCUGAUGCGUUGUGUUAUGGCAACUUAAUUCGAGGGUAUUGUCAGAAAAGGGACAUUGAUAAGGCAUUGGAUCUUUGUAAGGAAAUGGAAUCAAGAGGUAUUAAAACCGAUCAUAAGUUUGUCAGGCGGAUGAUUCAAUACUUGUGCGCUUUGGACAUGCCUGAUGAAGCUCUAUGCUUAUUCAAGCAUUUUACUCAGCAAUCAAUGUUUUUUGUUGAUGGGGUCUCGUUUAAUAUUGCGAUUGAUGCUGCAUGUAAACUAGGGAAAAUGGAUGAUGCAAUGUGGUUGCUAGAAGAGAUGAAAAACAGGAAAAUCAAGCCUCUUGUAUUACAGGCACAAGCAGGGUUUCAAGGUCAAGGGAUUCAAGCAAACGUGGGUCAAGAUGAAGGGGUUCAAACUGAAGGUAUACAUGAUGGAGUGAUUCAAGAUGCUAUGGGUCAAGCUGAAGUGGGUAAUGUUGGACAAUUACAUACUACCCAACAAACUCUUGCACUACGUAAGUUGACUAGUCUCAAUACUCAUCAUGAUGUGGUUCUGAAGGAGUUUAGGAAUCUGCAACUGGUGGUGAAGCUCCACCAAUCUAUUAACUGCCUCACCUUCCACCACCUAGUGUUGCCGCCGGAAAUCACCACCAGCCACCACCUUGCUUCUUUGACUAGCAAAAAGAACAGAACAUCGGUUUAA